UCCAGGGUUACAUUUCCGGGUUUUUAGAGUUGAACAUGCCUCAGGAGUCUCUUCGAUUAAUUUUCUUUGCAUCGUUCGUUAUUUCUGGGCAGUCAUUCUUCUGCUCUUGGUGAGAAUUGAUCCAUUUGAGAAGGAGGAAAACGUCUACGUCCUCACCGAUAGCAAUUUCGACGACUUCAUGAAGCAGCAUCCGACAUUCCUAGCAAUGUUUUACUCUCCUACGUGCGUCCAUUGCAAGAAUUUCGCUCCCACUUACAACAAAGCAGCGACAUUGAUUUCCGUUCCACUGGUGAAGAUCGAUGCAACCGUCGAGAAAGCACUGGCAAAACGUUACGACAUCCAAGGUUAUCCAACGCUGAGGUUUUGGCAGGACGGUGAGGGACCGGAGGAUUAUAACGGUGGUCGAGAUAUUGAUGAAAUUGUGGACUGGGUUCUUUCGCAUACGGAUCCUAACUACAAACCGAAACCAGAUGAGGUUAUGACGCUCACUUCUGAGAAUUUCGACGAGUUCAUCAACAACGAAGCUCUGUCUCUCAUCGAGUUUUAUGCUCCUUGGUGCGGUCACUGCAAAAAAUUGGCCCCGGAAUAUGAGAAGGCUGCUAAAUAUCUUAAGGCUCAGGGUACCACUAUUAAAUUGGCGAAGAUAGAUGCCACUGUUGAAGAAAAAUUGGCAGCAAAGUAUGGCGUGCAAGGGUUUCCUACACUGAUGAUUAUGCGUCAUGGAAGAAGAUUCGAUUACAAUGGACCUCGUGAUGCACAAGGAAUCGUUAAUUACAUGAUCGAUCAAUCUAAGCCAGCUGCGAAGAAGCUUUCGAAUGUUGGAUCAAUAGAGAGGUUUAUGGAGAAGGAUGACGUUACCAUUAUUGGCUUCUUCACCACUGAUUCGACCUCUUUAGAGGUCUAUUCAGAUGCGGCAGAGAUGUUGCGAGAGGAGUUCAAAUCGAUAGGUUAUACCGAUGAUUCGAACACGUUAAAGAAGUUUGGUGCUAAACCCAAUGAUAUCAUCAUUUUCUACCCAAGUAUUUUUCACAGUAAAUUCGAGCCUAAAACCAGGUCAUUUAAUAAGCCAAGUGCGACUUCAGAGGAACUGGUUGCAUUCUUCCGUGAUCACUGUACUUCUCUUGUCGGAAAAAGAACUAAGAAGAACGCCGCCUUUCGAUACCACAAACUCCCUUUGGUCGUUGUUUAUUAUAAUGCGGACUUCUCGUUGCAAUAUAGGGAAGGGAGUGAAUUUUGGCGUCAGAAAGUGCUGGCAGUCGCUCAGAAGUAUCAAAAGGACAAGUAUCAUUUCGCCGUUUCUGAUGAGGAAGAGUUUUCUGACGAGUUAGAGAACGCUGGGUUAGGUGACUCCGGCCUCGAGCACAACGUUAUCGUGUUUGGGUAUGAUGGCAAGAAAUAUCCAAUGGAUCCCGAUGAGUUUGAUGGGAGUCUGGAUGAGAAUCUGGAGGGAUUCAUGAAAAAGAUCAGCAGUGGUAAGGCUAAGCCAUUCAUGAAAUCGUCUGCAUUGCCGCGUGAUGAUAAAGGUCCUGUGCGUACGUUGGUUGCAUUGAACUUCGAAAAGAUUGUCAACGACGAAAGUAAAGAUGUGUUUAUCCUCUUCUAUGCUCCAUGGUGUGGUCAUUGCAAGUCGUUCGAACCGACGUUUGUACAAAUGGCGGAACAGUUUAAGAAGACACAACCUAAUCUCAUUUUUGCGAAGUUCGAUGCAACAGCUAAUGAUGUGCCGGCCGCCUAUAAAGUGGAAGGUUUCCCAACUAUCUAUUUCGUUCCUAGCGGAAGCAAGUUGACACCGAUCAAAUACGAAGCAGCUCGUACUAAAGAAGCUAUUACGAGUUUCUUGAGACAGAAAGCUGUGGUGUCAUUCCAAGGGAAAGAGGAACUGUAG